UUUAAUAAGAUUAUUCCUAAUAUUAUUUGCUUAUCAGCAAAGAUAUUCAUACAGUUAGUAGCUGUCAUAUUUUUCUAUAUAUUUGGAGGGUAUUCUGACUUUGCCUAGCACACAAAGUAAGAGAAGAGAGAGACUUUGAAGAUGGAGGCAAAUUCUAACUCUGCUGUGCCACUCUGUACUCCUUACAAACUGGGGAGAUUCGAACUCACUCAUAGAAUAGUUUUUCCAGCACUUACGAGGAACAGAUCACAAAAUAAUACUCCACAGCCACAUGUAACUGAAUACUAUUCUCAAAGAGCUACUAAUGGAGGUCUUGUCAUUUCUGAAGCAGCUGCUGCAUCUGAUAUUUCUAAGGAGUGCCCAAACUUGCCUGGAAUAUGGAAUGAGGAGCAAGUGGAGGCAUGGAAACCAGUAGUGAAGGGUGUUCAUGAGAAAGGAGGUGUCUUCUUUUGUCAAAUUUGGCAUUCAGGCCGCUUAUCUGUCCCUACAAUUAGUGCAUUAUUUUUCUCCGGCCUUGGAUGGUCCACCAGACCUGAUGAUCAAGUGUAUGAGAAACCAACACCUCUUCCUCUGAAAUCUGAUAAAAUUCCUUGCAUUGUCAAUGAUUUCAGGAUUGCAGCCCGUAACGCGAUUAAAGCUGGAUUUGAUGGAAUUGAGAUCAACGCUUCAAGUGGUGGCUACCUGAUUGACGAAUUCAUGAAUGAUCAAAUCCACGGUAGGACUGAUGAAUAUGAUGAAAGUAUUGAGGACCGUUGUCGUCUUGCCCUGGAAAUAGUAGAAGCCAUGGCAAAUGAAAUUGGAGCUGAUAAAAUUGGUAUAAAACUAUCUCCUUUUGAUGGCAAAAAGGACUCAAAUUCAGAAGCACUAGCAACUUACAUGGCGAAUGAACUAAGCAAGCUUGGCGUUCUCUAUCUUCAUGUGAUGGAGCCCAGAGAAACAGCUAAUAGAAGUCUUCUUCCCAUUAGGAAGGCUUUUAAGGGGACACUUAUUGCUUCGGGUGGUUAUGGUAAAUCUGAUGGGGACAAAGCCAUCGAUGAGAAUUAUGCAGAUUUGAUCUCAUUUGGACGUAUGUUCUUGGCUAAUCCAGAUUUACCAAAGCGUUUUGAGGUUAAUGCUCCACUUAACAAGUAUAAUAGGAGCACUUUCUACACUAAUGAUCCAAUUAUUGGUUACACUGAUUACCCAUCUCUUGAAGUUGCUUCCUAAUUAUUCACAUGUUUAUUGGUUAUGGAAAAAAGAUCACGCAGGAGUUGUGUCUACUACUUGAUUAAAGCACUAUGUAAUUAAUAAAUUCACAUGGUUAUGGAAAAUGAUCAUGUUGGUGUUGUGUCUAUGAUGAGAAUUCUGUUGUAUUAUAAAAUAAGUUCACAUGGUUAUGUAAAGAAUCAUGUAGAGUUGUGUGUACAUUUGAUGAAAACACUGUAUGGUC